CUGAAAUAUUUAUUAUAUUCUUCAGUUUCUGCUGUAUUUUUGUAUUUUUCUCGCAAAUGGUUCAAGGGUGGACAAUUCAGCGAAAAUGUUUCGGCGAAGAAUUUGGUGGCUGUGGUGACUGGGGCAAAUGUUGGAAUUGGAUUUGAAGUGGCGAAGGAGUUGAAUUUGAGAAAAGCUAAGGUCUACAUGUUAUGUCGAAGUGAGAAAAAUGCACAGUCCGCAAUAAUUCAACUAGCCAAAAAUGGAUGUGAUUCUUCCAAUCUUCAUUUCAUUCAAUGUGAUUUCACAAGUUUUGCCAGCGUCAAAAAAGCCGCUGAACAACUGCUUCAACUUGAAAACCACAUUGAUGUUUUGAUAAAUAAUGCGGGAGUUCUAAUGACGAAUUACGAGUUGUCAGAAGAUGGAUUUGAGAAAACGUGGCAGACAAAUCAUUUGGGACCAUUUUUGUUGACCGAAUUAUUGUUGCCAGUUAUUCAAAAAUCAGCGAACGGCGGGAGAAUUGUAAAUGUUUCGGCGCGUUUACAUAGGACAAUUUCAAGUUUGGAUUACGAGAGGAUUGAUGAGAGAAAUCAUUUCAAUAAGUGGAUAUUGUAUCGAGAAUCGAAAAUGGCUAAUGUAAGGAUCUUAAUAGAAAUUUUUUUGAUUUAAAAACAUUCUCCAGAUCCUCCACACACGCCAACUCUCCCAUCGACUUCACUCAACUGGUUCAUCAGUCGUCGCCAAUUCCGUGCACCCAGGCGUCGUGAAUUCCGAUUUCAUGCGAAAUACAUGGUGGGCCGCGCCAGGCCUUAUCAUCAUUACUCGAUGUUUGGCCAACUUCUUCUUAAAAUCUUCACGUGAUGGAGCUCAAACAGUUUUGUAUGUUGCACUCAGCAAGGAGGUUGAGGGGAUUUCGGGAAAAUAUUUUGCGUGAGUUUUGGAAAAUUCGUUUCGUUUUGGAACCAUGAUUUUCAGAGAUUGCGAACUUGCCAAAGAAUCAGAAUUCGCUUCAAAUGAUCAAGCUAGUGAGGAACUCUAUAAUUACAGUAUUCAAAAAGUUUCCAAAUUUUUAUGA